ACGGCCGGACGGCGGGGAGCCGGGCGUGCGGGUGGUUGGCCGGCCGGACGCUCCUCGGCCCGGGCCGGGGCGGCGAUGUGGGGAGGCCCGGGCAGCCCCGGAGGCGGCGGCGGGGCCGGGGGCGGGGCCGGGGGCGCCGCGGACCCCGCCCCCCUGCGCCGCCGGAGCCGCCGCCCGAGCGCCGACCCGGGAAUCCGAGGCGGCUCCGGCGAGCAGGACCCCGAGGACACGGCCAUGCCGGGCGGGGCCGAGGCAGGGGAGGCCGAGGAGGAGGCUGGGGCCGGCUCCGGGUCCGAGGCGGAGGAGGACGCGCUGUGGGAGCGGAUCGAGGGCGUCCGGCACCGGCUGACGCGCGCGCUCAACCCGGCCAAGCUCACACCGUAUCUGCGCCAAUGCCGGGUCAUCGACGAGCAGGACGAGGAGGAGGUGCUGAGCACCUACCGCUUCCCGUGCCGCGUCAACCGCACCGGGCGCCUGAUGGACAUCUUGCGCUGCCGGGGGAAGAGGGGCUACGAGGCCUUCCUGGAAGCCCUGGAGUUCUACUACCCUGAGUACUUCACGCUGCUCACAGGCCAGGAGCCUGCCCAGCGCUGCUCCAUGAUCCUCGAUGAGGAGGGGCCCGAGGGCCUGACCCAGUUCCUGAUGACAGAGGUGCGGCGGCUGCGGGAGGCUCGCAAGAGCCAGCUGCAGCGAGAGCAGCAGCUGCAGGCCCGGGGCCGGGUGCUGGAGGAGGAGCGGGCAGGGCUGGAGCAGAGGCUGCGGGAGCAACAGCAGGCUCAGGAGCGCUGCCAGCGGCUGCGGGAAGACUGGGAGGCGGGAAGCCUGGAGCUGCUGCGGCUCAAGGAUGAGAACUACAUGAUCGCCAUGCGCCUGGCACAGCUCAGUGAGGAGAAGAACUCAGCUGUGCUGCGCAGCCGGGACUUGCAGCUGGCGGUGGAUCAGCUCAAGCUCAAGGUGAGCCGGCUGGAGGAAGAGUGCACGCUGCUGCGAAGGGCCAGGGGGCCACUCCCUGGGGCCGAGGAGAAGGAGAAAGAGCCCGACAGUGCGGACCUGGUCUCCGAGCUGCGUGCCGAGAACCAGCGGCUGACGGCAUCGCUGCAGGAGCUUCAAGAGGGUCUGCAGCAGGAGGCGAGCCGGCCGGGGGCCCCAGGCUCAGAGCGCAUCCUCCUAGACAUCCUGGAGCAUGACUGGCGGGAGGCGCAGGACAGCAGGCAGGAGCUGUGCCAGAAGCUGCACGCCGUGCAGGGGGAGCUGCAGUGGGCGGAGGAGCUGCGAGACAAGUACCUGCAGGAGAUGGAGGACCUGCGGCUGAAGCACCGUACACUGCAGAAGGACUGUGACCUGUACAAGCACCGCAUGGCCACCAUCCUGGCCCAGCUGGAGGAGAUUGAGAAGGAGCGGGACCAGGCCAUCCAGAGCCGAGACCGGAUUCAGCUGCAGUACUCACAGAGCCUCAUCGAGAAGGACCAGUACCGGAAGCAGGUCCGGGGCCUGGAGGCCGAGCGGGACGAGCUGCUGACCACGCUUACCAGCCUGGAGGGUGCUAAGGCCCUGCUGGAGGUGCAGCUGCAGCGGGUCCAGGGCGGCCCUUACCUCAAGGCCUGCGCCUCUUCCCAUUCCCUGUGCUCCAACCUCAGCAGCACGUGGAGCCUGAGUGAGUUCCCCUCCCCGCUGGGAGGCCCGGAAGCAGCUGGGGAGGCCGCUGUCAUGGGGGGAUCCGAGCCCCACACCUCGGAGGAAGCCACAGACAGCGAGAAGGAGAUCAACCGGCUCUCCAUCCUGCCCUUCCCCCCGAGCGCUGGCUCCAUCCUCCGCCGGCAGCGGGAGGAGGACCCCGCACCUCCUAAGAGGUCCUUCAGCAGCAUGUCGGACAUCACAGGGAGUGUGACGCUUAAGCCCUGGUCCCCCGGCCUCUCCUCGUCCUCAUCCUCCGACAGCGUGUGGCCUUUGGGAAAGCCGGAUGGCCUUCUGGCCAGAGGCUGUGGCCUGGAUCUCCUCAACAGGUCUCUGGCCAUCCGAGUGUCUGGCUGGAGCCCCCCGGGGGGGCCCGAGCCCCAGGACAAGGGCCCAGAUGGCCUGUCGUUCCGCGGAGACAGCUGGUCUGGGGCUGUCGUGCGGAGGGUGCUCUCUGGGCCAGGGUCGGCCAGGGUGGAACCAAGAGAGUCAAGGGCAGAGGCUGCGGGCUUGGAGGGGGCAGGCCUGGAAGGGGAGGCCCAGCAGAGAACCUUGCCCUGGAACCAGACAUCCACACUCCCUCUGAUGGACUUCAAGGCCUGCCAGUCCUUCCAUGAGGCCCUAGACUCCUGGGUGAAGGGGCUGGGGGCCGAGCCCUUCUACAUUCGAGCCAACCUCACCCUGCCUGAGCGGACCGACCCCCAUGCCCUGUGCGUGAAAACCCAGGAGAUCCUGCGGCUGGUGGACCCAGCGUACAAGCGGCGGCAGGAGUGGUUCUGCACGCGCGUCGACCCCCUCACGCUGCGGGACCUGGACCGGGGCACUGUGCCCAAUUAUCAGAGAGCCCAGCAGCUGCUAGAAGUUCAGGAGAAAUGCCUGUCCUCCAGCCGACACCGGGGGCCCCGCAGUAAUCUGAAGAAGCGAGCCCUGGACCAGCUGCGGCUGGUGAAGCCCAAGCAUGUGGGGAGUCCUGCUGGGGACUCCCCGGAGCAGCUGCUGCUGGAGCCCUGCUCAGAGCCAGAGCGGAGCCUCAAACCCUACAGCCUGGUGCGUCCCCUGCUGGUGUCUGCCCUGCGGCCCGUGGUGCUCUUGCCUGAGUGCCUGGCGCCCCGGCUCAUCCGCAACCUCCUAGACCUGCCCAGCUCCCGGCUGGACUUCCAAGUGUGCCCAGCGGAAAGCCUCUCUGGGGAGGAACCGUGCACACUGUCAGCGCCCGGGGCCCCCAAGGCCCAGCCUGCCACCUCCGGGCUGGGCAGCAGGAUCCGUGCCAUCCAGGAGGCCGUUGGGAAGAAGAAGCACUGCCUGUUGGAGCUGGGUGCUCGGGGCGUGCGGGAGCUGGUCCAGAACGAGAUCUACCCCAUCGUCAUCUACGUGGAGGUGACCGAGAAGAAUGUCCGGGAAGUCAGGGGUCUGCUGGGCCGGCCGGGCUGGCGGGACUCGGAGCUGCUGCGGCAAUGCCGAGGCUCGGAGCAGGUGCUCUGGGGGCUGCCCUGCUCCUGGGUGCAGGUGCCGGCCCACGAGUGGGGCCACUCGGAGGAGCUGGCCAAGGUGGUGCGUGGCCGCAUCCUGCAGGAGCAGGCCCGCCUCGUGUGGGUGGAGCGUGGCAGCAGCAGAGGCGGCAGCAGCAGCAGCAGCGAGGCCUGAGGGCCCCCUCUGGUGCCUCUGCCUUCCUCAUGCACCCCAGGAGCCACCCGCGGGGACCCUGGUGUCUGCCGUGGAGCCGGGUCCCCCCGAUGCUGAGCCUUCCUAGACCCUGGCAUUCUCACGUGGGGCCCUGGGCCCCCGGCUCUCUCCCCCGGAGGAGCCCCUGGGGCAGAGCUCCCUCCCGUCCCUGUACUUGCUGCUCUGGGCCUUCCCGUGGCCCGUGUCUCCCGGACCCUUCUCGUGGGUGUCACGCACACGUCUGUUCCUUUCCCUCGUCGCUCACCUUGGAGCAUCUGCGUUCUCACCCCCGUGCACUGGUCUGCACACCCAAGAUCCCAUGGGGCAGCUUGCAUCUGCCCCUCCCCCUGGCACACGAGGUCGCCCAGCUGCACAGCCUCUUCUGCUCACAGGAGCCCCAAGCCCGUCAUGUGUGAUGCUCGCCCGUCCAGCCCACAUCGCGUGUGUACACCUCCACGAGGGCUUUGUGGCUUUCCCGGUCCCCUGUCCCCUGUGCCCCUCGUGUCUUCUGGUCACACGUGUGUCCGUGGUUCUCCCCUGUGUAAAUAUCAUGCCCCCACCCCCAUGACCCUUGGGCACUAACCCCCGUGUGUUCCGGUGAGCACACCCAGGACCAUGUUCUCAUGCACCUGCGCCCCGCCCUACCCUGCCUCUCGGAGGGACAGGUGGGGAGGGGCCGGCUGCUCUACUACCAGAAUGUACAGCUCGGAGAUUUUUAAUGAGCCUUUUUCACUUAGAAGCUGCACGUUAUGGAACAUUAAACAGUUUGUCAUAGAAGCUGGUGGCCUUUUGCUUGCUUGCAUCCCUGGCCUGAGGCCCCCUUUCCAUCCCCCCCACUUGUUGCAACCCCCAGCUCAGGUUGAUACCACCUGUCAGGGUCCCACUCGCCCGUGGGGAGGGUCAGAUUUCGCUCCUGACUCAUCCCAGAGCUGCCUGCCAUCUGUGCUGGCAUCACCUUACGUGCCCCCGGAUGACCGGAGGAGGGCCCCACAGAUGGGCCACCGCUGCGCUUCGUUCUGCCUGUGUGUGAUCAUCAAAGGAGUGUCCCCUGGAGCAGGGAUGCCGAGCCAGCUGGGUGUGGUCUUAGGCUAAGGGCCCCAGCUGCUGAAUCCAGGAGACUUACGUGUAUUACCCUCAGUGUAUUACCAGGUUCCUGACACUGCUUCACCCGAGAGGGUGGUCACCUCCAGCGGGAAAAAGCCAGGCGGGCUUACUGGAGGAGGUGCUGCUUGAGCUUGGGGUGUGGGAUCCCUUUUUUCAGGAAGCACUUAUUGGACUUACAUGCCUAUAUGUUGUUCUUGAUCCUCCUAUGGCUGUCCUCAGUCACAGUGAUGAACCUGGGCAGGCUCCUGGGAGGUUUGGGGGGAGUAGGUAUACUAGGUGGAGGGCAUCUCAAGAGCAAAGGCUCAGGGGCACAAAGUAGGCUGAGACCGGCCACCUGGAGAGUGGUAGGAAAUGAGGCUGAGACGUCCAAGUCCUGAGGUUGGCAGCUGCUUAAAUUUGAGGUCUGGCUCAGACACCAUCUCUGCAAAGCCUGCCCGAUUUUACCACCCUUGGGAAUUCGCGUGGGCCAUGCCAUGCUCUGCUUUGUGGCGGGAUGGUGGGUCUCUGUGGAUGGCUGUGGGCUCCCUGGCCAUGGAUACUGGGUCAUACUCAUUUGGGUAAAAAACCUCCCCCCUUCCUUGCUAUGUGCCUGGCCCAGUG